AUGGCUUAUCCAGCACCGUCACGGUCGGCUCAAAGGCCGCCGCCGUUGAGGCAGUAUAACCAGGCCCCGGGCUCACCAGCAGCGCCUCCCGGUGCUUACGCGCAGGAUCCAGGCUACGGACCCGAAUACGGGGAUGCGGGAUACGGCCCUGAACCAGGAUUUGAAGACCCAGCAUACGGUUACGCAGCUGGCCCUCCUAUGUCGCAGCCGAACGGGUCGGCGCAACCUCGAUCGAUGCGUCCGCCGCCUCCAGGCGGACGACCUCCACAUGGAUAUGAUGACCGGCGCGGCUACCCUGGCGGUAGAGCGCCACCGGAGAAACGAUCAAGAACCCCUGUCGGCCGUCGCCCGCCAGGUACAGGUCCUACCUUCGAUAACCCGUUCCCUGCCGUUCCUCCUGGCAGAGAUCCUAGAGAUCGCCGUGGUCCCCCUCCUCGAGGCCUAGAGAAAGGCAUGGCUGCGAUGGAUAUCAACGGUAGACCUCCACCGCGCCCGCAUACUUCGAACAGUCGACGACCAGAUAUGCGUGGACCAGAUAUGCGAGGACCACCCCCGCGCGGACCGCCACCAAGCAGAGGUAGAGGAGGUUAUUAUCCGGGACCCCCGCGGUCCGCUAGCUCAUCACGAAUGGGGGAGCCUCCCAUGGGUCCGCCCGGUCGAAGCGCAACGAUGCCAACCGCGGCGCCUCCUGUCAUGUAUCCGCCCCAGCCGGGUUAUUCAGACUACGAUUAUCCAGGCAGUCCCAUGGACGCUCCUGCACGCCCCAGCACGGCUGGAGGGAUGCGGCCUCCGCCGCGUCCCGUCAAUGAUAUGGACCCUGGACUAAUGAUGCCGCCGCCGCCUGAUCCGCCUAAUCGAGUAUCUUACGCGCCUAAGGAUUUCUUGGAUAGCUACUACGAGAGUGGCGAUGAACCCGAUAUGCCGAACUUUGAUGCGAUGCCGCAGACGCAUAUUGGACCGAUUGAUGAAAUGGGAUUGGAUACACCAAAGUCAAAUGUACAAACACCCACUUCCCCGUCCGCCCCUUCUCCAGGCGGCGCAUACUCUCCUUAUACUCCGGACUCUGGACAUGGAAACCCGCACUCCCGAUCGCAACCCAAUUUUCCCAAUGGGGAUUCUCCAAAUCAGUUCGUGAAUGCUGGUUUCCAAUUCGAUAUUCCCGGAGAACCGCCGCGUCAUCAGGAUGGAUACUUUCCCAACAGCUACGAGGCGAACGGUGCGUCUCCGUACCAUAAUCAACCCAAGGGACCUGAUCCUCAGCAGGAUCCCGAUGCCCUGCCGCAUCACCCCGCGCCAUUCCGGCCGGGCCUUGACCAAAAACCCCCUCCGGUCCGCCAAUACAACACCGCUCCAAACUCUGCUCCCGGUCCCGGUCCCGGUCCCAGUCCUGCUGCACCGCAGUCCACACAUCCGGCAAGCAUGGGGCCUACACCUGUUACGCAGGAGGAACUGCAGCAACUUCAACAAAAAGUGCGCGGCAACCCCUCCGACCAGGCGACCCAGCUCCUUCUCGCUAAGAAGCUGGUGGAAGCUGCUACUGUCCUUGUGGCAGAUAACAAUAGACUUGACCCUAAGACAAAAGCCAAGGCAAAGGAGAAGUAUAUCUUUGAUGCACACAAGAUGGUGAAGAAGCUGGUUUCGGCUGGUUACCCGGAUGCACAAUUCUACCUGGCCGAUUGCUACGGUGAAGGCCAGUUGGGACUGGCGGCUGACCCCAAAGAAGCCUUUGCGCUGUACCACUCUGCCGCCAAGAACGGCCAUGCCCAAUCUGCCUACCGUGUCGCUGUCUGCUCUGAGAUCGGUCAAGAAGAAGGCGGUGGUACCAAGCGGGAUCCAUUCAAGGCUGUGCAGUGGUACAAGCGUGCGGCAGCGCUAGGCGAUACCCCAGCGAUGUAUAAGAUGGGCAUGAUCAACCUGAAGGGCUUGCUGGGUCAAGCCCGAAACCCUCGUGAGGGUGUCUCGUGGCUGAAGCGUGCUGCUGAACGUGCUGAUGAGGAGAACCCACAUGCCCUCCAUGAACUGGCUCUCAUGUACCAGAAUGCCGGCGGCAACGACGUUAUUAUUCGCGAUGAGAAGUAUGCCAGCCAACUGUUCCAUCAAGCUGCGGACUUGGGCUACAAGUUUUCGCAGUUCCGACUGGGCACGGCUUAUGAGUAUGGCUUGAUGGGAUGCCCUGUCGACAACCGGAUGAGUAUCAUUUGGUAUACCCGUGCCGCCGCUCAGGGUGAGCAUCAGAGUGAACUUGCCCUUAGUGGUUGGUACCUUACUGGUUCCGAGGGCAUCCUGCAGCAAAACGACACCGAAGCCUAUCUCUGGGCCCGCAAAGCAGCCACCGCUGGUCUUGCCAAGGCCGAGUAUGCCAUGGGAUAUUUCACCGAGGUUGGAAUUGGGGUUUCGGCCAAUCUGGAGGAUGCAAAGCGAUGGUACUGGCGUGCGGCUGCACAAGGAUUCCCCAAGGCCCGAGAACGUCUCGAAGAUCUCAAAAAAGGAGGAGGUCGGAUGCAAAAGACCCGACUCUCCCGCUCGGCUGUUAACAAGCAGAGCGAUGGCGACUGCAUCCUCAUGUAA